AACGAGGAUGAUGAAACAGGUCAGCUGACUGGUGACGUAGCAGCGGGAGUAACUUCACUGAGAGGAAGCACGUUGGUGACAUACUUGUGAGAGAGCCGGCAAGCGCACAAAAGCUCAGGAAUUGAGUCUCAAGAAGUCGACUGAAUACAAAACAAAAGACGAAAUCAUGCCUGCAGAUAUCGCCAAGGGAAAGAAGGCUUUCGUCCAGAAAUGUGCCCAAUGUCAUACUGUGGAGGAAAAUGGAAAGCACAAGGUCGGGCCUAACCUUUGGGGUCUGUUUGGACGCAAAACAGGCCAGGCAGAGGGCUACUCCUAUACUGACGCCAACAAAAGCAAAGGCAUCACCUGGAAUGAAGACACCCUGAUGAUUUACUUGGAGAACCCCAAGAAGUACAUUCCAGGAACAAAGAUGAUCUUUGCCGGCAUCAAGAAGAAGGGCGAACGAGCUGACCUCGUAGCAUAUCUGAAGUCUGCAACUUCAUAAAGAACUCUUCAUCUGCGCAUCUUUUGCCAUCUUUGUGUCCUUACAAACUGAUAAGAGGCCAGGAGUUGUCGGUUGUUCAAAAUCAGGCAUAGCGGCAAGAAUUCUCUGACUGAUAUUAGCGUGAUAAGCUGCCGCAUUUUAUCACAGCUGUACCUCUGUUUCUGAUAUGAUCCUCCUUUAUGAUGGAGUAAGUGCUAUCCCCUGGUUUUAACAGGAUCCUUUUCUAACAUAAAUUAUUAAACCAUAUACUGUGUUGUCAGAAUGUAGGGACUGAAAGCUGUGUAUUGUAUUAGCUUAUUGUCUAAUUGUCAUCUUUUUUCCUCAGUACCUUGUUGAUUAAUAAUCAAGUUGUCUUAAUUGUCUUUGAAGAAGGAAUAUGCCUUAUCUGCUUCCAAACUGGUGAUACCUCAACAGUUUUUAUGUCAUUUUUUGAAUUUGACGGUGAAUAAAUUUGACACUAAACAUUAA